GAUUCAAAUUCUGGUGCUUAUCUCUGAUUGGCUAAGAUGCCGUUCGAAAAACUCGUUCGAUUGUUUGUCGCUUAGCAACCACAUUGUUUGGCUGGUCAACAGCUGGCUAACGGUUGGCGUUAAACAAUACAAUCAAUAAAUAUUUGAAUUUUAACGAGUCACAAGCGAGUUUUUAACCGUAUAUUGAUGAAGAUAAUUAGUGUCUGAUUUAAUAUUGUAGUCUAAAAUCGAUCAAAUGUGCAAUUAUUACGUUUCUACGUUACAUUCAUUUUUAUUUAAUGCUAUCUGAACGACUACGCACAUUUUCUGCGCAAACGCUACCGUCUUCUCUUUUGUUCCCCAUUCAUGGAGCGACGUCAGUAAGCCGAAAAUGUGUCAGCGUAAACGGUAACUCCCCUCCACAAAGCAGGCGACUGGCCCUUUAAGGGUUAUGUAGCCGGGCUGGCCGAUGUAGGACGAGCCGACCGUGCGUCUGCCUGCCUGCGCUCCCGCUGCCAUCCCCAUCAUGGCCUCCACACCGACACCACCGAGGAUGAACCGACCAGCCAGCGGCCCUUCCCUUCCCGGAGCGGAGACGGACGUCAAGCCGAAGCAGAGGCACCGGUAGAGGCGAGCCGCGCCGGGGAGAGCCGCCUCACACAUCCCAUGCCACCCCGGUCUCCCCCAUGCCUUCGUCUAAAGCCAAGUACAGCUAUUCGAUAAAGAGGGGUGCGAACCCGGGCGGCGGCGGCGGCAACGGCGGCGGCGGCAGAAACAUGACAACGAACAGGGAUUAUUCUGUUAAUCUGUCGGUGCAGCAAGUGCUGAGCCUUUGGGUGCAAGGCACGACGCUGCAGCACUUCACAGAGAUGUGGUACUGGGUGUUCCUGUGGUGUCUCUUCUCCUCGCUCUUCGUCCACGGGGCGGUGGGGCUGCUCAUGUUGGUCAUGCUGCAGCGCCACAAGCGGGGCCGCCUCAUCACCCUGGUGCUGGUCAGCGUGGGUUUCCUGGCCUCCCUCUCCGGAGGCGUCAUCACCAGCGCGGCGGUGGCGGGGGUGUACCGCGUGGCAGGGAAGGACAUGGCACCGCUGGAGGCUCUGGUGUUCGGCGUGGGGCAGACCACCCUCUCCGUCAUCAUAUCCUUCUCACGCGUCCUCGCCACUCUGUGAAGCAAAACCCCCGCGACGAGACCAAGCACAGAUGCUGGGACGAGAGCGAAUGAAGCGAGACUUUAAGGCGGCUGCGUUUGUGGACGGAGAGGAGGCAGAAACGCUCUGGACCUUUGGGGGCGGGACGCAGGAGGCAGCGCCCCCUGCUGUCUCUGCUCCGUCACUGCCACAAUCACGCCGCGCUUCAGAGGGAACUCGACGCAGGCCGGAUGUCUUCGCGCUACAGAGCCGCACCAGGCGGAGACGGCGCCAUCCUCAGCUUCUGGACUUGAAAGCCAUGUUUUUGGGUGUUUCCAGAGUUACAUCACUUCUUUGUGCCAACAGCCUUCUCUGGGACAUCCAGAUGCCUUUUAUGGCCACUGACUCCUGAAGGCUUUCUGUUGCACUGGUGGAGGGGAGAGAAAAAAACAACCUCUUUUUAAAAAAACAAAAAACAGCAGAGUGACGAACUGUAACGAUGAUCUGAUGAUCUCAGAGUGAGAACAAAAAGUUUGAGCAGUGAGUGGUGUUUUUAGGGCGUGACGACCCGACAGUGUUCAUCAGCAAAAACACAAUUUUUUUCCUUCAGUAUUAAACAUCAGCCUCACCUCUUGUUCAAGUACAGAUUACCAUCAUGAUCAUUCCUUUUCCUUGAAGCUGCGCCAUUCAACUCACGAGCGAGACGCAGCUUUUUGAAUUUUGCACUUUGUAAAUGUUUGAGACGCUCUUUGCCUCAGAAGGUGUGAAAUCAGUAGACGUGGAGGAGAAAACCAGCAUCGGCGCUACAUUUAGUUUAACAUAUUGAUUUAUUGUGUGCCAACGAGAACUCCAAUUGGAGUUGAAGGAAUAUUUCACCACACUGGGAAAAACUCUUGGUCGCUUUCCUGUUGAGAGUUAGAUGAGGAGAUGCCACUCUCAUGUCUGUACUGAUGAAGAUAAAGCCAGGAAACAGUAGCAAAAGACUGAAAACAGAGGGAAAUAGCUAGCUUAACUCAAGGCUAACACUUGAAAGCUCAAUCAUUCACUCUAAUUUAACCAAUUUCUAGUUUGACUCCAAGAACACAACUCUUAAAUCUGUCUUACAGAUGUUAACAACUUUCUUUUUAAAAACUUUCUUCAAAUAAACUCGAAAGCCAGUUUCCUACACUUCCAGAGAACACUUCUCUCUAUCUGGUUUAUAGCUAAAUUUAGUGCAGAAAUCUGCGUAAUAUCUAAAAAACUAGACCUUUUUAUCUCCUUCAAUUCUAGAAACAAUCAUCUUUAUUACAUCCUGCUUAGACUACUCUGCAGGUUUCAGCUUCAUAUUUACCAUACAGACAUGAGAGUGGUGUCAAUCUCUUCAUUUAACUUUUAGCACUGAGCAUUGAAAUAUUCCUUUGAAGCAGAGAGAAUGGCCUGGACGAGCCCUCUAGAAGUGAUUUCAUUGAGCAGGUUUGAUUCAGGUCUGGUUUGUGUAAAAUCAGGAUCAGAUUAUUCAGGUUUUUAGAGAGAUGUAUGGUAUUAAAAAGAGUUGUUUUGCUGCUCGAGGGUCACAUUUUCAGAAGAACUAUUCAGUGUCUGUGAGUCCCGGGGCAGACUCUGUAAUAACGUAGUAUUACCAACACUGUCUGCAGUAUAAGUUCCCCCGUGGAAAGCCAUCCCUCCCUGGAGAAGGUCAGACGGAUUCUGCUGCUCAGACGGCCAUUUUUCUAUGGCUUCCUCUUUCUUUGUUUUGUUUAUUAACCCAUGUUCCUUAAGUUUAACUUUGCAUAUUGCACUGAAAUUAACUGCCUUGUUUUAGCACAGUGUGCGAUGAUUCUAGUCUGGUGUGACCCAAUUAACAGUAAUCAGUUACUAAACACAGAAAUCAGUAACGAUAGACACUGAUUAUCUUGUUUUGGUGAAGCAAAGAAGAAGAAUGUGCUUGAAACUACUGUUUUUACUCAAACUGGUUUAUCGUGUUGGUUCAUUAGUUUGAGUUCUUCACUGAGAAUAGAAAACACUGAUUUUAUUAAAGUUUAAAGGGAUAAUCUCACGUUGAAGUGGGGUUGUAUGAGGUACUUGGAUACUUGGUUCUUAGAUGGAGGUCAAUAAGCCCCCAGUUUGGAGGAGCAGGCAGGAGUAUUGAAGAUUAUGAUAGAAAAUUGAUUUGAGACACAUAAAAAUAUACAUAUCAGUUUAAGUGUAUAUUGUGUUUAGAAUAUUUUCACUGCUUUAAUUUGUCGUCAGACAGCUUUUACCGACGGGGAACAAAAAUUGUUAUAUCCAUCUAUACUCUCUUAAAAAGCACCAGGGUCAAUUGAAAAAAAAGAGUAAUUUUAUUUUAGUGGCUGAAACUGUGGAAUUAAAACUCCUGAGUCAGUCAAGUGAAGUCUUUCAAGGACUUGCAUUGGGGAAAAAUAUUUUUUAAAAUUUGAGCUUCACAACCCAUGCAAUUUCACUGUCAUAAAUUUGUUUCAUUCAGUCCGAUAAGAUUCUUAUAGUCCAGAGCUGCAGGAUUAAAUCAUUUUAUUCCCAUUCAAGUUAGCAGAGCACGAAACCAGAAGUAGCUGGCUUAGCUGGUGGAAGUCUCCAGUGCACUUGCUCUUUGAGCCCAUAGAUGCAGAAGAUUUGGGUAAUUUUAUACAUGGAAAUUUGCUUCAUGCUCAGCUGUGCAACUUUCAUAGUAAUGAACUGGACCUUGCUGUAUCCACAUCUCUUUAUACAUCCAGAGUCUACCACUGCCUCGAUCCGUUAUUUUGUGUUAUUGUGUGACUUUGGUGAAUCUGAACAAACCCCUAAAAACACAAAAGUCAGACAAUAACACAAACAAUCUACCCAAUCGAGGCAGCGGCAUACCAGCAACUCCUGUGUUCUGUGAGGUAAAAUUACUGUUUUUAUCAAUGUAGUCUGGUGGCUUUUGAAGAAAGCAUAGAUAACCGCUUUAGUCCCGUGUAAACUUAAACAGGACUGUCUGACAGCAAGGUAAAGUGGUGAAAAUAUUCUAAAUAUAUCUUAAGGUCAAACUGAUACAUUUAACUGCUGCCCCUGUCCACAGCAGUACAUUGCUUAGCUUCUACCAUAAGUAAUACACUGACUAUAGAUAAGUAUCUCAUACAACCCUGCUUCAAAAUAUCCAAACUGUCCCUUUAUGCUUAUGACUUGGCCCAUAAGUCCUCUCAAACAGAUUCUCUUGAGUGCAGCAGGGUGAGAGGUUAUAAUGCCAAAGUUUCGUUCAUGUUCUAGCUUUAUUUAUCAUCUUUGUCUCAUUUAAUUGAUAUCACAGCCACGAUUUAUGUGUUUUAUUCAGUUUCAGAAACAUUUGCACAUUGGCUCGGCCCCCCAGACUCGUGGUACAAAAACACAGACACACACACAUAAAAAAGGUUCUUUGUGUUGUUUGGUGUGUGUGCUGUGAGCUCUCAAGGUAAACGGCGUGUAUUUGUGUGAGUUAUGUAAUUGACACAGCUCACCUUCAGUACCAGCUCAGCACACAAGAGGGCGAUAUUGCACAGAGAUGAAGUGGCAGCCUGAAUGCCUGAAAGAUGAUUGUUGAUUUAAAAAAAGAAAAAUGAAAGUGCUACAGAGUGUUUUGAUACAGACAUUUGACAAAAAAAUAAUGUUUUCUAUCCUACUCCCCCCUUAAAAAAAACGAAAUUAGAGAGAAGUCAUCUAAAAAAAACCUCUUUUUAUCCACUGAAUGCUCUGCACAUUGUCCAUACUACCUGCUUGAAUGUUUUAGCUCGAUAUCAGGGACCAAAUGUGAGUUUGUGCCGAUGACUCACCUGCUGUCAUAGCAAUGAAAUCUCUGUGAAGCUGUUUGUGGGGCAGUUUCUGCAUGUUUGUACGUGUGUGUAUGUGGUUCAUAGGAGACAUGUGAGUGUUUGUUGUUGCUGUGUUUGCUGUCGGUCUGUGCGGUUGUGCAUGUGAUUAGUAUUACGAAUUGGUAACACUUUAUAAUAAACAUCAGUAUAAACGGUCAAAUUAGACUUUGGAUAAUAGUUAUUUUACUGUUAACAAACAAUGAAAGGAUGAUAAAUAAUGUUUAUUAAGUAUUACUGCUUUAAUUCAUGUUACUUCAACAGUAUUUGUUAAUAAAUUAAAUCAAAUGAAUUAUGGCAUUUUCUAAACAUCUGGAUGACUCUUAUAAACUUUUAACUGCUUAUUUGAAUACCUAAAAGAAUGGUGAAUAAAUAUUUUGUAAAGCAUCUAUAAACAUUAUAUAGGUAAUACUUCCAGUAACUGUUUUCUAAACUAUUUAUCGAUUUUAUGUCGUCUGCUUAUUAUAUUAAAAUUGCCAGUAAUACUUAUAAUCAUUAAUAAUUAAUAAGUGAUUUAUAAAUGGUAAAGUUACAAGUUAACUGUUAUUGAUCUGUAAAACAGUGAUUAUUUGUGCACCAAUAAUAUCCGUUUCACUAUCAUUUAAAGAUGCUUUACAAAGUAUUUAUUAACCGUUUAAUAUCAAGGUUCAUAAAGCUUUUUAUAAAGUACAAAUCAAGCACUUUUCAAGAACUUUCAAGGUACCUAAACCCAAAAUUUCCAGACUCUCAAAGCCUUCUCUAGUCUAGUAUCCAGUUCUUAUAUUACAUCGUUCACGUCCUGUGUAAAGCCAAAAGUUAAUUUGAAAAUACUGAAAUUAACUUCUGUGCAUCACACUUUACACUAUCCAAGUUACUACCUAACUUCUUCUAGUUUCACCCAUUUAUGCACUUUUGUAACAUCAACCAUGUAUUUUCCUUUCUAACCUUAAUAAAACUAGUUUUGUUACCUAAACCUAAAAAAAACCUGCAACAAUGUGACAUUAACAUUUUAAAUCCUCUACCUUCAGGCCAGGAGGAGGACUCCUUCCUUUAUUUUAAAGGUAAAAACAAAUGACGUGGUUGUAUUUUUUACUCUUAACUAAGGUUUAAUCAAGUGACUGUUUGUUAAUGGUGGUUGUUAUAAAGUGUUACCACAGAUUUUUCUUUUCCAUUAGAAGGGGUUGUUCACAUUCUUUAGCGGACCCCUGAAGCGUCAGAAAGUGUGAGGACGUAAUUGUAAGUGGCGCUGCUCACUGAGCAAAAUGUCUUACAUAAUGUGUUGGAAACCUUUUUUUAUUGGAUGUGUUAGAAAAUACUUUUUUCCUGCAGAAGAAACUGGACUGGAAGUUUUCUUUUUUUUUUUUUUUUUUAGACGAGUGCACUUACUGUCCAUCCUGAGCUGUAUAUAUAGCCACAGUGUACGAGUCUCCACCUGUGAAGGGCGACGAUACGAACAAACUAACCACUGGAGAGUGUUUUGGCGACAGUAUUCACACUCAUGAUGAUGAAUACUGGGUUUUUUCCCUGCUCUAGGUUCUGUGAUUCAGCCACCGUCUGAGUGGCUGUGUGACUGUACACUGCAAUAUCUAAGGAGACACCCAGCGAUUAAUAAUCCCCUCUAGACUUUUUAAAAAUGCCAACGCACUGCAGUGAGGCACCCAGCUCAAUAAUCCUGUCUCUUUCAUAGGCUUAUAACUAAAGCUGCCCCGUCAGUCUACUGUUGUCCAAAAUGCCACAUUACUCCCCGCCCCCCCGGACACUUACUGUGUACCCGCUGUGAUUGCAUGUGCAGUGCAGCUCAGAUAACGUGUGAAUGGGACUAUAUAUAAUUAUAUAUAUAUACACGGACAAUCCAACAAGAGACAAUGUUGUACAAAAACCCAAAGUGGCACUUGUAGAUAAUGUACAAUAUGUUCUUUUUUUAAUUUUGUACCAGCCAGACCGCUGAUAUUUAUAACUAUUGCCUAUUUAUGUACAAACUGUUCCUCCUGUACAUACUCAACAGUCUGUUGAAUUAAAAAUCUUUUGCAGUAUAAA